AUGCUCGCCUGGCCAAAGCACUCGUGGCAGGAGGCAGGUUCACACCAAGGUACCAAACCAUGCAGCGAUUGUAAAUCUACUAAGAAGAAUGUACGCCUGACCGCAGGGGAUGACGUCGAGAAGAAGAAGAAUAAGGGCAAGGACCACAAGGACAGGAACAAGAAGCACAAGAAGCGCUCGGCCUCUUCUUCGUCGGACAAGACCUCCGCUGAGAGUGUCGAGGAGGGCAUGGCGGAGCUAGUGUCGAUAUUUGGGCUCCCCGGCAAGGAGUACCAGCGAAAUUCGAAGCAGGCACGUGCAGAGGAUCUUUCGGCGAAGCAGAUUGCGGUGGCCAUCACCAAUGUCACUGCUGUUGUGACUUCUGAUGAAGUCAUGGAAAUUGGCGGCGAUACCGAAGCAUUGCUCACGCAGACCAGCAAUCGGGUGAAGAAGUCGAAGCACAAGGGUGGCGAAGCCGAGGCAAUCACUCAGGCAAGAGCAGCCAGCAUGAGAUGGAAGAAGCGGCUGGGGAAGAACAAGCUGUCCAAAACCGAGCACAACAGCAAGAUCGAGACUGAGCUGGCGAACUUGAAGCAGGAGCCACGCUCGUAA